AUGUAUGUCAAGGUAGAGAAUACACGCUUGGAUUUCUUUCGAAGGAACCAACAGACAAUAAGGGCUGAUCUUUAUCAGGGACUUCUUGAUACUAUAGAUUGUGGAGAAGAAUGCGCAGAAAAUGUUGGAAGACGAGUUAUAUUGCCUGAAACGUUUAUGGGUGGCCCUCGAGAUUUGAAGAAGAGAUAUCUGAAUGCGAUGUCAUUAGUUCAAAGGUUUGGCAAGCUUGAUUUAUUUAUAACAAUGACAUGCAAUCCUAAUUGGUCUGAAAUAAAACAAGAACUUGCUGGUGGAGAAGAAGCACAAAAUAGGCCAGAUGUCGUUUCAAGAGUUUUUAGGGCAAAGACAAAAAAUUGUGAAGAGACAAAAAGUAACAGUGAUGGAUAUCCUUUGUAUCGAAGGAGAGCUACGUGUGAUACUGUCAAAGUUCGGGGUGUUGAAAUGGAUAAUUCAUGGGUGAUUCCGUAUAAUCCAUAUCUUUUAGCUUAUUUCAAUUGUCACUUAAAUGUUGAAGUUUGUUCAACUAUUAAAACAGUGAAGUAUCUGUAUAAGUAUGUUUAUAAAGGCCAUGACAAGAUAUCUUUCAAUAUUGUCCAAACAAAAGAUGGAGUUCCCAUGCAAGAUGAAAUUGAACAAUAUCAGUCAGGUCGAUAG